AGUCCCAAGACAGAAGCCGGCCAGUUUUCUACAAACUAGGAAAAUGGUAUAGAUGAGAAAGGAACAGACAAAUAUAUAUGGGGUCAUAAAAGGGAAAGACUUCUGCAAAGAGCACUUGCUUAUCAUUUUGUUUUUCACUUCUUCUGAGCCAGGCUCCUGCUGGCUAGGAUUGUCACUGGGCCAGUGUCAGGAUCUGACAUUAACCUUGGUUUUAGCAAUACCGAGAAACAAGGAGGCCUGGUCCUACCAGGCCACAAAGCUGCUUGACUGUCUGCCUAGGGGAAAAGGAAUUCGGCCACAUGGCACCCAGUACAGGCAGCAGGCUGCCACCAAGAAGGCUGGCAGUGCCCUCUUGAGGAAUCCCUUGGCAGUGCUAGGAGCCCAGCUGGACUGGAGAAUAUUUUGCCAAAGGCACCCAGCGGAACCAAUGGAAGCAGAAUCACAGAAAUAGGUGGGGGAGAAGAGGACAAAGAUACUCAGAGAGAAAAAGUAAAAGACCGAAGAAGGAGGCUGGAGAGACCAGGAUCCUUCCAGCUGAACAAAGUCAGCCACAAAGCAGACUAGCCAGCCGGCUACAAUUGGAGUCAGAGUCCCAAAGACAUGGGCUUGUUAGAGUGCUGUGCAAGAUGUCUGGUAGGGGCCCCCUUUGCUUCCCUGGUGGCCACUGGAUUGUGUUUCUUUGGGGUGGCACUGUUCUGUGGCUGUGGACAUGAAGCCCUCACUGGCACAGAAAAGCUAAUUGAGACCUAUUUCUCCAAAAACUACCAGGACUAUGAGUAUCUCAUCAAUGUGAUCCAUGCCUUCCAGUAUGUCAUCUAUGGAACUGCCUCUUUCUUCUUCCUUUAUGGGGCCCUCCUGCUGGCUGAGGGCUUCUACACCACCGGCGCAGUCAGGCAGAUCUUUGGCGACUACAAGACCACCAUCUGCGGCAAGGGCCUGAGCGCAACGUUUGUGGGCAUCACCUAUGCCCUGACCGUUGUGUGGCUCCUGGUGUUUGCCUGCUCUGCUGUGCCUGUGUACAUUUACUUCAACACCUGGACCACCUGCCAGUCUAUUGCCUUCCCCAGCAAGACCUCUGCCAGUAUAGGCAGUCUCUGUGCUGAUGCCAGAAUGUAUGGUGUUCUCCCAUGGAAUGCUUUCCCUGGCAAGGUUUGUGGCUCCAACCUUCUGUCCAUCUGCAAAACAGCUGAGUUCCAAAUGACCUUCCACCUGUUUAUUGCUGCAUUUGUGGGGGCUGCAGCUACACUGGUUUCCCUGCUCACCUUCAUGAUUGCUGCCACUUACAACUUUGCCGUCCUUAAACUCAUGGGCCGAGGCACCAAGUUCUGAUCCCCCGUAGAAAUCCCCCUUUCUCUAAUAGCGAGGCUCUAACCACACAGCCUACAAUGCUGCGUCUCCCAUCUUAACUCUUUGCCUUUGCCACCAACUGGCCCUCUUCUUACUUGAUGAGUGUAACAAGAAAGGAGAGUCUUGCAGUGAUUAAGGUCUCUCUUUGGACUCUCCCCUCUUAUGUACCUCUUUUAGUCAUUUUGCUUCAUAGCUGGUUCCUGCUAGAAAUGGGAAAUGCCUAAGAAGAUGACUUCCCAACUGCAAGUCACAAAGGAAUGGAGGCUCUAAUUGAAUUUUCAAGCAUCUCCUGAGGAUCAGAAAGUAAUUUCUUCUCAAAGGGUACUUCCACUGAUGGAAACAAAGUGGAAGGAAAGAUGCUCAGGUACAGAGAAGGAAUGUCUUUGGUCCUCUUGCCAUCUAUAGGGGCCAAAUAUAUUCUCUUUGGUGUACAAAACAGAAUUCAUUCUGGUCUCUCUAUUACCACUGAAGAUAGAAGAAAAAAGAAUGUCAGAAAAACAAUAAGAGCGUUUGCCCAAAUCUGUCUAUUGCAGCUGGGAGAAGGGGGUCAAAGCAAGGAUCUUUCACCCACAGAAAGAGAGCACUGACCCUGAUGGCGAUGGACUACUGAAGCCCUAACUCAGCCAACCUUACUUAUAGCAUAAGGGAGCGUAGAAUCUGUGUAGACGAAGGGGGCAUCUGGCCUUACACCUCGUUAGGGAAGAGAAACAGGGUGUUGUCAGCAUCUUCUCACUCCCUUCUCCUUGAUAACAGCUACCAUGACAACCCUGUGGUUUCCAAGGAGCUGAGAAUAGAAGGAAACUAGCUUACAUGAAAACAGACUGGCCUGAGGAGCAGCAAUUGCUGGUGGCUAAUGGUGUAACCUGAGAUGGCCCUCUGGUAGACACAGGAUAGAUAACUCUUUGGAUAGCGUGUCUUUUUUUCUGUUAAUUAGUUGUGUACUCUGGCCUCUGUCAUAUCUUCACAAUGGUGCUCAUUUCAUGGGGUAUUAUCCAUUCAGUCAUUGUAGGUGAUUUGAAGGUCUUGAUUUGUUUUAGAAUGAUGCACAUUUCAUGUAUUCCAGUUUGUUUAUUACUUAUUUGGGGUUGCAUCAGAAAUGUCUGGAGAAUAAUUCUUUGAUUAUGACUGUUUUUUAAACUAGGAAAAUUGGACAUUAAGCAUCACAAAUGAUAUUAAAAAUUGGCUAGUUGAAUCUAUUGGGAUUUUCUACAAGUAUUCUGCCUUUGCAGAAACAGAUUUGGUGAAUUUGAAUCUCAAUUUGAGUAAUCUGAUCGUUCUUUCUAGCUAAUGGAAAAUGAUUUUACUUAGCAAUGUUAUCUUGGUGUGUUAAGAGUUAGGUUUAACAUAAAGGUUAUUUUCUCCUGAUAUAGAUCACAUAACAGAAUGCACCAGUCAUCAGCUAUUCAGUUGGCAAGCUUCCAGGAAAAAGGACAGGUAGAAAGAGUUUGAGACCUGAAUAGCUCCCAGAUUUCAGUCUUUUCCUGUUUUUGUUAACUUUGGGUUAAAAAAAAAGUCUGAUUGGUUUUAAUUGAAGGAAAGAUUUGUACUACAGCUCUUUUGUUGUAAAGAGUUGUGUUGUUCUUUUCCCCCAAAGUGGUUUCAGCAAUAUUUAAGGAGAUGUAAGAGCUUUACAAAAAGACACUUGAUACUUGUUUUCAAACCAGUAUACAAGAUAAGCUUCCAGGCUGCAUAGAGGGAGGAGAGGGAAAAUGUUUUGUAAGAAACCAAUCAAGAUAAAGGACAGUGAAGUAAUCCGUACCUUGUGUUUUGUUUUGAUUUAAUAACAUAACAAAUAACCAACCCUUCCCUGAAAACCUCACAUGCAUACAUACACAUAUAUACACACACAAAGAGAGUUAAUCAACUGAAAGUGUUUCCUUCAUUUCUGAUAUAGAAUUGCAAUUUUAACACACAUAAAGGAUAAACUUUUAGAAACUUAUCUUACAAAGUGUAUUUUAUAAAAUUAAAGAAAAUAAAAUUAAGAAUGUUCUCAAUCAAA